AUAUAUUUUAAGUCAGUAACAACAUUCUCCUGUGAUGCAAAGAGAACGUUAAUCUCGUGCGAAAGUUUUUUGAGGUUUGGUUCACGAGAUCAAGCAACUGUAGGGACGACAUCUUCCGUCAGAUCCAAAAGAUGUUGAAGAGAAAAGGAGAAAUGAUAAAACAGUUCAAUAGAGUUCAGGUAGAGAAAAACUCUAUCCUUUUAAAAUCAUCAAAACAGACGAAAAGGCGGAAACUCAACAGUACGGAGUACGUUGCUGGAAGCAGCUGGAAGCUGAGAAAACUAAAAUAGAAUUUGCAUAGUUUAAUACUUAUAAUUUACGAUUCUGUACAUUCAGUAACUAAAGGUAAUUGUUGGAGGCUCUGAACAAUUAUCAAUCAUUCACAUCAAAGGAAUGUUUUUAUGAUCUCUUGGAUACUGCGACUGCAUUGGUAAGUGUAAUAGAUUUCAAAAAGAACGCAUUAGAAAUGGAACCUCCGGAGGAAUUUUUAUUUCCCUUCCCGGCGUACGAAAUCCAGAAGCGAUUUAUGAAAGAACUUUUUGGUUGCUUGGAGAGUGGCAAACUGGGUCUCUUUGAGAGUCCCACUGGCACUGGAAAGUCUCUGUCCCUGAUUUGUGGUGCACUCAGAUGGUUGAUCGAUCACGAGGAACGGAGAAAGCAAGAGUUGACCUCUGCAAUUGCAGAGAUAGAUAACAAACUCAAGAGCUGUGAGAAACCAUCAGAUAACUGGUUUACAGUACAAACGGAGCAGAUAGAACUCAAUGCUAAGAAACAGCCAUUGCAAGCCAAGUUGAACGCACUCCUUGAGUAUGAGAGAGAAAGAGAGAAGCUUAAGAAGAUAGUUGAAUCAAAGAAAGCUGCCCAAACAAAAGUGGUUGGAAAAAUGAGACAGCAACUUCCCAAAAAAACUCCAGAGUCCAAUAAGACGGAAGUGAAUUCUAAUGUCUGUGAUGAUAUCUGUGACAAUAUUGAGAAAGAUCUUAUCUUAGAAGAUGUAUUAUCAAACUCUGAAAGCUCUGAAGAGGAGGGUAUGGACGAGCCAUUGUUUAAAAACACCAAGAUCUUUUUCUGCUCCAGAACACAUUCGCAGUUAACACAAUUUGUCCAUGAAUUGAAAAGAUCUCCAUACUCUCAAGAUGUUUCUGUAGUGCCACUCUCGUCAAGGCAAAAUUAUUGCAUCAACAAAAAUGUCAAGAGACUGAAGCACAUCAAUUUGAUUAAUGAAACCUGCCUUCAACUGCAAAGAAAAAAGACCACUGUUAAGAAAGAAAAGGAUCUAAAGAGAUCAAAAACUGCGAGCAGUUGCCCCUUUAUACCAGGCGAUCAGAAACUGUUGAUGGCCGAGGUUUUAACAAACAUUCAAGAUAUUGAGGAAAUAACGCAGAAAGGACAAGAAAGUAACACCUGUCCAUAUUACGGCUCGAGAAAAUCUGUGCAAAAUGGACAAUUAAUAUUGGUGCCGUACAACUCAAUUCUUCAUAAAAACACCAGAACCAGUUUAGGGAUAGACUUGAAAGGGAAUAUAUUAAUAAUAGACGAAGCUCAUAAUUUGCUGGAGGCCAUUGAAGGGAUGCACAGUUCUCUAAUUACCGGAAGAAAUUUGCUCCACUGUUACAGUCAGCUGUCGCAGUAUCAGAAAAGAUUUGAAUCUUUGUUUUCUGCUAAAAGUGUGAUGUACUUAGGCCAGCUAAGUUUCUGCUUGAAGAAGCUUCUAACUCUUUUCGGAGCGACAACAAAGUCUUAUCCCAAUGACGAGAUCGAUAAAACUGUAGCGCCCAGAUUGUACAAAGUAGAAGAGUUUGAAGUGCUUACAGAGAUCGACACAGUGAACAUAUUCAAAUUACUAGAAUUUAUCAAAACUUCGAAACUUAUUCAUAAGUUACAAGGAUUUGUCGAGCAGUAUGGGAGUAACAUAAACAUUACUGAACAGAAAACAAAGAAAUGCGGCAUAACGGAAUUUUUAUAUUCGAUUAAAAACAGUGAUAUACCCUCUCAAGAAACUACUAGCGUUACAGACGCGCCAAGUAACAACGAGGAACAGAUAAGAAAUCCAUUGAUGGCGAUCUUGAGUUUCUUGGAGUGCUUAAAGAGCAGCUGCGCAGACGGCAGGAUAUGUAUUUUACCUGGCACUACUGUGGGACAAGGGAUUAUAAAAUUUCUACUGUUAAACCCAGCAGCACAUUUUCAUGAUAUCGUGAGAGAUGCCAGAUCUGUGGUAUUAGCUGGUGGCACAAUGGAACCGAUGUCCGAAUUCAUAGAUCAGUUGUUCUUAAUGGCAGGUGCUAUGCCAGACAGAAUUAUGACAUUUUCGUGCGACCAUGUAAUACCUAAAGAGAACAUUAUAUCUAACGUUGUGAUGCGUGGUCCGACUGGAGUUGAAUUCGAAUUUAAUUUUCAUAAUCGCCAAGAUACGAGAUUGCUGGAUGAAUUAGGUAGAGCUCUAUUAAAUUUAUGUAAUGUUGUACCUGCUGGAAUAGUAGUGUUUUUUCCAUCUUAUAACUAUGAAGACACAGUAUUUAAGCAUUUAGAUAAAUCUGGUGUUAUAGCCAAAAUUUCAGCAAAGAAACGUAUCUAUCGUGAACCUAAAUUAGCAUCACAGGUUAAUGCGAUAUUAGAUCAAUAUGCACACUCUGUCAGAAAUCCACAAUCUCUAUGUAAUGGAGCAUUACUAUUCAGUGUAGUGGGUGGCAAAUUAAGCGAGGGUUUAAAUUUCUCUGAUGAUUUGGGUCGAUGUGUUAUAGUCGUUGGCUUACCCUAUCCCAACAUCAAAUCACCAGAAUUACAGGAAAAAAUGAAAUACUUAAACGAACAUAUUAAACCGGAUGCCGGAAGCAGCUUUUACGAAAAUUCUUGCAUGAAAGCAGUGAAUCAAUGUAUUGGUCGAUCCGUUCGUCACAUCAAUGAUUACUCGACAGUAGUAUUGUUAGAUAAACGUUUUUGUCAUAAAGUCAAAGUGCUGCCUCAAUGGAUUCAACGCUCGGUGACGAUCAACGAUUCAUUUGGGUCUGUAGUUGGUAACAUCGCGAAAUUUUUCGCUGCGAAAAGAAAUAAAAAAUCUUAAUCUGUGAUAGUACAGUGUGAUACGUCGAUUGAUGUUGAUUAUAAAUAUUACAAAAUUAUUAAUGGUAUUAAUAUGUGUAACAAUUUUUCAAGUAUUGGAUUAAUUUUUAUCAAUUAAUAAAAAUAUUUUACUUGGAA